GCUUAGCCAUAUUAUACAUUUUCAAACUGAUCUUGAAACCCUUAUUGGUGUCCUACUCUGAGCUAACAGAAAACUGUCAUACACCUUAAGCUAAAAUUAACCUAAUUUUCAGACUUUUGACUUUGAAUGAAUCCUUACAAAUUUCUAGAAAAGAAUAUGCAAUUAAUUAUAUUGUACCUUUAUAAUUAUAUUUCAUAUAAUUAACUAGUUCCCUCUGAUUAAUUUUCCUUAUUUUUUGAUCAGGCAAAUGUCUAAGCCUCAGAGUUCUCUUCCAUGCCUGCUUCUGAUCUUCUUAUCCGAAGCGCUCUUUCAUUCCUCUCAGGCUGACGUUGGCACUGCCGCUCAGUACAGGCCCCCUUAUUUACCUACCGCCUGUGGUGGAAGUGACCAGGGACAGUUUCCUCCGGGCAACCUGUUCGCGUCCGUUGGCGAGGGAAUUUGGGACAAUGGUGCAGCUUGUGGAAGGCAAUAUCAGGUGAGGUGCAUUAGCGCUCCCGUGCGAGGAACCUGCGUUCCAGGGAACACGAUUCAGGUAAAGAUUGUGGAUCGUGCACUCUCUUCGGUGUCCCGACCUUCAAGAAGUGAUGCUACCAUAGUUCUCUCUACUACUGCAUUUGCUGCAAUCGCCAACUCUUCCGCUACAUUCGUUAACAUAGAAUUUCAACACAUCUGUCACCCCAUAUCGUCUAAUAAAAGUCAAGAGUGGGUAUCCGGAGCUAUUGGUUAGGUAGAC